UCUCUCACUUCCAUUGUGGUUUACGCUAUCCUGGCUGGAACAGCGAAGAACUAGCGCUCUCUCAAGGAAUUUCAAAGGGACCUUGGGCGCUGGGAUCGCAGCUCGGCGGCGGAGGGAAGCAGACAGGCAGAUUAUCAGUUUCACUUGCCCACAGCUCGAGGGCUAGUGCAGGUCGGUCCGGAAGAGGAGCGCUCGCUUGGUUUGGAGCAGCCCAGCCCAGCCCAGCCCAGGGGGAGGGACGGAGGGACGGACAAUGCUGACGCAGACGCGGCUGAAGGAGCCGGAGCGGCGGGCGAGAGCAGACGACAGAGACGCCGAGAUGCCGGUGACAGAGAAGGACCUGGCGGACGACGCGCCGUGGAAGCGGAUCCAACAGAACACCUUCACCCGCUGGUGCAACGAGCACCUGAAAUGUGUCAACAAGCGCAUCGGCAACUUGCAGAGCGACCUGGCGGACGGGCUGCGGCUGAUCGCGCUGCUCGAGGUGUUGAGCCAGAAGCGAAUGUACCGCAAAUACCACCAGCGGCCCACCUUCCGCCAGAUGCAACUGGAGAACGUGUCUGUCGCCCUCGAGUUCCUGGACCGGGAGAGCAUCAGGCUGGUGUCUAUCGACAGCAAGGCGAUUGUGGACGGAAACCUGAAGCUCAUCCUGGGACUGAUAUGGACGCUGAUCCUUCACUACUCCAUCUCCAUGCCGGUCUGGGACGACGAGGGAGCCGAAGAUGCCAAGAAGCAGACGCCCAAGCAGCGUCUGCUGGGCUGGAUUCAGAACAAGCUGCCCGACAUGCCCAUCACCAACUUCAGCAAAGACUGGAAGGAUGGAAAGGCUCUGGGCGCCUUGGUCGACAGCUGUGCUCCAGGUUUGUGCCCAGACUGGGAAAUGUGGGACACGACCAAACCAGUGGACAACGCACGUGAGGCGAUGCAGCAGGCAGACGACUGGCUGGGAGUGCCCCAGGUGAUCGCUCCAGAAGAGAUCAUACACAAGAACGUGGAUGAGCAGUCGGUGAUGACCUACCUGUCACAGUUCCCCAAGGCCAAGCUGAAGCCUGGAGCCCCAUUAAAGCCCAAGCUGAACCCCAAGAAGGCAAGGGCCUACGGUCCAGGAAUCGAAGCGGUGGGCAACGUGGUGAUGCGCCCGGCCGUGUUCACGGUGGAGACCAUCAGCGCAGGGCAAGGCGAGGUGAUGGUCUUUGUGGACGACCCCGAGGGGCAACGAGAGGAGGCCAAGGUGACCAACAACAAUGACAAGAACAAGACCUACUCUGUGGUUUAUGUGGCCAAGGUCGCUGGUCCUCAUAAGAUCACCGUCCUGUUUGCCGGGCAGCACAUCUCCAAGAGCCCGUUCGAAGUCCACAUUGAAAAGGCUCAUGGUGACGCCAGCAAGGUGACGGCGCGAGGCCCCGGCCUGGAAUCUUCCGGAAACUUCGCCAACAAGCCCACCUACUUCGACAUUUACACCGCAGGUGCUGGUGUUGGCAUUGUCGAGGUGGUGAUUGUGGAUUCACUGGGACAGAACACUCAGGUGACGAUCGAGGACAAGGGCAACAACGCAUAUCGGUGCAGCUACAAGCCCAUGCAGCCCGGACACCACACCAUCAGGAUCAUGUUUGCCGAUUCACCCAUCCCCAAGAGCCCGUACACCAUCAACAUCGGUGAUGCUUGCAAUCCCGGAGCGUGUCGGGCCUCAGGGCGAGGACUGCAACCCAAGGGACUGCGGAUUCACCAGGUCGCCGACUUCAGAGUCCACACCAAAGGCGCUGGAAGUGGGGAGCUCAAAGUGGUGGUGAAGGGGCCAAAAGGUGUGGAGCAUCCUGCGAAACAAAUGGACGUGCUGGAUGGCGACGAUGUCUUUGCGUACGAGUACUUCCCCGUGGCAGCCGGGAAACACGUGGUCACCAUAACCUGGGGCAGCCAUAACAUCCCUCGGAGUCCGUUUGAAAUUCAGAUUGGACCCGAAGCGGGGCCGCAGAAGAUCAGGGCGUGGGGGCCGGGCCUGGAUGGAGGGAUCGUGGGCAUGUCAGCGGACUUUGUGGUAGAGACCAUCGGGACAGAAGUUGGCGUGUUAGGUUUUGCGGUGGAGGGCCCCUCGCAGGCCAAGAUAGAAUGUGACGACAAGAGUGACGGUUCGUGCGAUGUCCGUUACUGGCCCAAGGAACCGGGCGAGUAUGCUGUACACGUCAUGUGUGACGACGAGGACAUUGUGGACAGCCCGUUCAUGGCCAGCAUCUUGCCCGCAAACACUGCCUUCAACCCUGACAAGGUUAAAGCCUAUGGCCCAGGGUUGGAGAAAACUGGCUGCAUUGUCCACCAGCCGACGGAGUUCACCAUCGAUGCCAAAGAUGCCGGGAAAGCUGCACUGAAAAUAUACGCACAAGAUGCUGAAGGUGUUCCCAUCAACGUUCAGGUGAAGAAUAAAGGCGACGGAACAUCUCACUGCGCGUACACUCCGACCAAAGCGGUCAAACACACCGUUGCGAUCGCCUGGGGUGGAGUCAACGUUCCCAACAGCCCGUUUAGGGUUGCCAUCGGGCAGGGGAGCCAUCCUCAGAAGGUGAGGGUGCUUGGUCCAGGCGUGGAAAGAACUGGCCUGAAAGCGAACGAGCCGACUCACUUUACGGUGGAUUGUUCUGAAGCUGGCGAAGGUGACGUUAGCGUCGGUAUAAAGUGCGACGCCCGUGUGCUCAGUGACACGGAAGAGGACAUUGAGUUUGACAUCAUCACCAACCCCAACGACACGUUCACCGUGAAGUACACACCCCCGGCAGCAGGCCGCUACACCAUCAAAGUGCUCUUCGCUGGCCAGGAAAUCCCCAUCGGCUCGUUCCGAAUUAAAGUGGAUCCGUCUCAUGAUGCCAACAAAGUUAAAGCUGAAGGCCCAGGACUCCAUAAAACUGGGGUGGAGCUUGGGAAGCCGACCCACUUCACCGUGCACACCAAGGGUGCGGGCAAGGCCCCGGUCGCCGCUCAAUUCACCGGAACCGCAAAGGGCGACGCCGUGGACAACUUUGAAAUCAUUGACAACUACGACUACUCCCACACGGUCAAAUAUACGCCGCUCCAACAGGGUAAAAUGGGAAUCACCGUGACCUACGGUGGCGAUCCAAUUCCAAGGAGCCCCUUCACCAUAGAUGUAGCUUACCCACUGGACAUGAGCAAAGUGCUGAUCGACGGCCUCGAAAAUAGGGUGGAGGUCGGCAAAGACCAGCAGUUCACCAUUAACACCAAAGGGGCAGGCGGGCAGGGCAAAGUGGACGUGAAGAUGUCCAGCCCGUCCCGCAAGCCGGUGACGUGCGUGGUGGAGCCGGCUGCCAGCAAGGAGGUGUGCGUGGCCAGGUACAUCCCCAAGGAGGAGGGCGUCUACACUGUGGAGGUGAUGUACGACGGGAAUCCCACGGCGGGAAGUCCGUUCACCGUGGAUGCAACCCUGCCCCCGGACCCCUCCAAGGUGAAAGCCCAUGGUCCAGGGCUGAAAGGUGGUCUAGUGGGCAAACCUGCCGAGUUCCUCAUCGACACCAAGGGAGCUGGCACUGGUGGGCUGGGUCUCACCGUGGACGGUCCCUGCGAAGCCAAGAUUGAGUGCUCCGAUAACGGCGAUGGAACCUGUUCGGUCUCCUACCUACCGAACGAGGCGGGAGAAUAUCUGGUCAACAUCCUGUUUGAAGAGGUCAACAUCCCAGGUUCCCCGUUCAAGGCGGACAUCACCUUGCCCUUUGACCCCUCCAAGGUGACCACCUCUGGCCCGGGCCUGGAACGGGGCAAAGUGGGGGAAGCGGGGCUGGUCAACGUGGACUGCUCCAAGGCCGGUCCCGGGGAGUUGACCUUGGAGAUGGUGUCGGACGCUGGGGUUCAGGCGGAGACCCACCUUCAGGACAAUGGCGACGGCACCCAUACAGCCAGUUGCAUCCCCCGCCAACAUGGUCCGCAUACCAUCACGCUGAAAUACGGAGGGAGGAACGUUCCCAAGUUCCCAGCUCAGCUGAAGGUAGAUCCGGCCGUCGACAUCAGCGGUGUCAAGGUGUACGGACCUGGCGUGGAGAAACAAGGAGUCUUCUGUGAUGCCACGACAGACUUCACAGUCGAUGCCGGUUCACUCACCAAGGUGGGGGGCAACCACAUCAAGGCAGGUAUCACAAAUCCAUCUGGAGCCCGCACCGAUUGCCUCAUUAAGGAUAACGGCGAUGGGAAGUACGAGGUGGAGUACACUCCGUUUGAGAAAGGGAUGCAUUCCAUCGAUGUGACAUACGAUGAUGCACCGGUCGUGAACAGCCCCUUCAUCGUGGGGGUGACGGAAGGAUGUGACCCCUCGCGGGUCUCUGCCGUUGGACCCGGCCUUCAGGAAGGCCUGACUAAUAAACCCAAUAAAUUCUCCGUAAUAACCAGAGGUGCAGGUAUUGGUGGUCUUGGGAUAACUGUGGAAGGAACCUCAGAAGCAAAGAUGUCUUGUAAGGACAACAAGGAUGGCAGCUGCAGCGUGGAAUACAUCCCCUACACACCUGGCGAUUACGACCUGAAUAUCACCUAUGGCGGAGAGCACAUUCCAGGUAGCCCGUUCAAGGUGCCCGUGAAGGAUGUGGUGAACCCCAGCAAGGUGCAGUGUACUGGGCCGGGGUUGAGUUCCGGGGUCCGGGCCCGAGUGCCCCAAGUUUUCACCGUGGACUGUAGCAAGGCCGGCAUGGCCCUACUUGAAGUCACCGUGCAGGGACCCAGAGGGAUAAUUGAGCCCGUGGGUGUGAUCGACAACGGAGAUGGCACCCACUCCGUGAGCUACACGCCUUCGCUGGAAGGGCCGUAUUCCGUUUCUGUCCGGUACGGUGGAGAGGACAUCACUCGCAGUCCGUUCCGCGUGAGGGUUCUGCCAACUCACGAUGCCAGCAAGGUGCGAGCCAGUGGGCCAGGCCUCAACUCAGCGGGUGUACAAGCCAGCCUGCCGGUGGAGUUCACCAUCGAUGCCAAGGAUGCCGGGGAAGGCCUGCUGUCCGUCCACGUUACUGAUCAGGAAGGGAAACCGAAGAAGGCGAACAUCCACAACAACAAUGACGGCACCUACCGGGUGUCCUACAUUCCAGACAAGACCGGCCGCUACACCAUCGUCAUCAAGUACGGCGGGGACGAGAUCCCCGCGUCUCCGUACCGAAUCCGCGCCGCGCCGGUGGGAGAUGCCAGCAAGUGUACUAUGUCAGGUUCCGGCCUGGGUCCGAGCGUCCAGUUGGGAGAAGAGCUGGGAAUGAAGGUGGAUGCGAAGGCGGCAGGGAAAGGCAAGGUGACCUGUACGAUCUGUGCCCCCGACGGCACGGAGGUGGAAGCGGACGUGAUUGAAAAUGACGAUGGGACGUACAACAUCUACUACACGGCCCCCGAGGCAGGGACCUACGUUGUGUACGUCCGCUUUGGAGGCGUGGACGUCGCCAACAGUCCAUUCCAUGUUGUGGCCACAGAUGAAGUUCCAAUCAUUCCACAGCAGUUGGUGCAGCAGCAGCAAGCAUCUCUAAAUGCUUACCCACCUGGCUUCCAACCCUGGGUCCAUGAUGGAGCGUUCGUGCCAACUGAUGAAAUGGAUCGUCUGGGCUUGAGACCGUUUGAUAUUGUCAUUCCCUUUGCUCUGAGAACUGGGGAGAUUACAGGUGAAGUCCGAAUGCCGUCGAACAAGACUGCUAAGCCGGAGAUAGUCGAUAAUCACGAUGGCACAGUAACAGUAAAGUACGCUCCGACAGAAGCUGGUCUUCACGAGAUGCACAUCAAGUACAACGGCAACCACAUCCCAGAGAGUCCACUGCAGUUCUACGUCAACUACGGAGGCACGGGCCACGUGUCGGCCUUCGGGCCAGGCCUGGUCUACGGGGUGGCCAAUAAGCUGGCCACCUUCACCAUCGUGACUGAGGAUGCCGGAGAGGGUGGUCUUGACUUGGCCAUUGAGGGUCCAUCAAAGGCAGAAAUCAGCUGCAUUGAUAACAAGGAUGGGACAUGUACCGUCUCGUACCUGCCCGCCCUGUCCGGAGACUACAGUAUCCUGGUCAAAUAUAACGAGAAGCACAUCGCUGGCAGUCCUUUCACCGCCAAAAUCACAGAUGACAACCGGCGACGGUCGCAGGUCAAGGUGGGCUCGGCAGCAGACAUCUCCCUGGACAUCAACGAGAGUGACCUCAGCCUGCUCACCGCCAGCAUCAAAUCUCCCUGCGGACAAGAUGAGCCGUGCUUGCUGAAGCGGCUGCCCAACAACCACAUCGGUAUCUCCUUCAUCCCACGGGAAGUGGGGAAGCACCUGGUGAGCAUCAAGAAGCACGGCAAGCACGUGGCCAACAGCCCGAUCACCAUCAUGGUCGGCCAGUCUGAGAUCGGAGAUGCCAGCCGGGUCCUUGUCUCCGGAGACGGCCUGAAAGCUGGGAGGACCUGCGAAAUGUCCGACUUCAUUGUGGACACAAGGGAUGCAGGUUACGGUGGCCUUGCAUUGUCCAUUGAAGGGCCGAGUAAGGUGGAUAUUAACACUGAGGAGACAGUAGAAGGGACAUGUAAGGUGCUGUAUUGUCCAGCUGAACCUGGCACCUACAUCAUCUACAUCAAGUUUGCCGAGCACCAUGUACCUGGGAGUCCGUUCACGGUGAAGGUGACGGGGGAAGGCCGGGUGAGAGAGAGCAUCACUCGUAAACGGCGCGCUGCCUCGGAGGCGACGGUCGGCAGCAUCUGUGACUUGAACCUGAAGAUCCCAGAGAUCGAUGUGCACGAUAUGUCCGCGCAAGUGACCAGUCCCUCGGGCAAGGUGGACGAGGCGGAGAUCGCCGAGGGGGACAACCACACCUACUGUGUGCGCUUCGUCCCGUGCGAGAUGGGAGUCCACACCGUCAGCGUCAAGUACCGCGGCCGACACGUGCCCGGCAGCCCCUUCCAGUUCACUGUGGGACCGCUCGGCGAAGGAGGAGCCCUGAAGGUGCGGGCGGGAGGUCCGGGACUGGAGCAAGGAGUCGUCGGAGUCCCAGCUGAGUUCAGUAUCUGGACGCGGGAGGCUGGGGCAGGCGGUCUGUCGAUCGCGGUGGAGGGUCCCAGCCGGGCGGAGAUAUCGUUCGAGGACAGGAAGGAUGGGUCGUGUGGGGUGUCGUACAUCGCCCAGGAGCCCGGUGAUUAUGAAGUGUCCAUCAAGUUCAACGAUGAAUACAUUCCCGACAGUCCCUUCAUUGUCCCAGUCGCUGCCUCUCCAGAGGAUGCAAGCAGACUUACUGUUUCUAGUCUUCAGGAGUCAGGUUUAAAGGUUAAUCAGCCCGUGUCUUUCGCUGUGCGGCUAAACGGUGCGAAGGGUUUGCUGGACGCCAAGGUCCACUCCCCGUCCGGGGCAGUGGAGGAUACGCACGUCUCACAGAUAGAGCCAGACAAGUAUGCCAUUCGAUUCCUCCCACGUGAGAAUGGGCUUCAUUCCAUCGACGUCAAAUUCAACGGCCAGCACAUCACUGGAAGUCCGUUUAAGGUUCGCGUUGGUGAGCCGGGACAGGCGGGUGACCCGGGUCUGGUCACGGCAUACGGCUCCGGCCUUGAGAAGGGAACUACUGGCGUCCAGUCUGAAUUCAUAAUUAAAACUCCCAACGCGAGCCCAGGGGCGUUGACGGUGGCCAUUGAUGGGCCGUCCAAGGUGAAGAUGGACUGCCAGGAUUUCCCGGAGGGAUACAAGGUGUUGUACACACCCAUGGCACCAGGCGACUACCUCAUCGGCAUCAAAUACGGCGGCCCCUACCACAUUGCUGGCAGCCCUUACAAGGCCAAAGUUACAGGUCCGCGGCUGGUCAGCGGGGGAGGCCCGCAUGAAAGCUCCACCAUCAUGUUGGAAUCGGUCACCAAGUCGACGACCACCAGCUCCUACAGCGCGCUGCCCACCUUCUCCUCCGACAGCAGCAAGGUGGUGUCCAGUGGAGCCGGGCUCAGCACGGCCAUCGUGGGCCAGAAGAGCUGCUUCUCUGUGGACUGUGGCCGAGCAGGCUCCAAUAUCCUACUGGUCGGGGUGCAUGGGCCCACUAUUCCAUGCGAGGAGGUAUCGGUGAAGCAUGUUGGCCAUGAGCAGUACAACGUGGCAUACUUGGUGAAGGAUAAGGGGAGCUACACACUGGUGGUCAAGUGGGGCGAGGACCACAUUCCGGGCAGCCCGUUCCACAUCACCGUCCCAUAGACCCCUCCCCGUCAACCCCAGCCCCCUUCCGACGGAGAGCUCCAACUCCUCCCCACCAGUGUUUCAAAGGACAUUGCAAUUUCAUGUCCACUCAAGCUACAGAGUGGACCUCUUCUCAAGCACUGUCGGCCCGGCUCUGUCAAAGGUGGUGGCUAGAUUGUCAUUGUUAUAUGUAGAGAAACUGAAGAUUGUAUGGAUUUAUAUAUAAAUAUGAACUUAACCGAUUCGAUUGUCAAAACUGGAUGAUCUUAAUGAGAUCUUAAUGAGACCUCUGCCUUGCUGUAGUUAGGCUGAAGUUGUAGUUGCUUGGACUUUGUGGAUUUAAACACUAUCGGGUAGAUUGAGGGGGUUUCAAUUCCGAAUGGCUUAUUGCUUGCAGAUCUCGCUUCUAGCAUUGUGUACUGAGACUGGGGCUGAGGGCUGCUCCUCUGGGUGGGUGGGAGGUGCGGAGGCCUUUGGGAAGAGAGGGACCAUUAGUUUUUUGUGGAAUGUGCAAAACUGCUUCCAAGAUUUGAGUGUGUCUGUUUAACCAGUCGAGCCCUGAGCACGGGCUUCAUACAUUCCUGCCAAAGCCUCCGUGUAUAAAUGCAAAGAUUAAAUUAUUCACAGCUCAGGACGCGGCUGCUGCUGUGUUCCCUUCACCUCUGUUUUGUCCACAGCAUGUUUUAUGCAUGCGCUGUCCAGCAGGGCUGCCUGCAACAAGGUCACAGAGAAGGUAGUGGAUGUGAACACACACGCAUGCACACACACACACACACACGCACUCUCUCACGCAUGCACACACACACAUGCCUACACACACACACGCACCCACACACACACAUGCCUACGCACACACACACACACACACGCAUGCACACGCAUGUGCACACACACACAUGCCUACACACACACACACGCAUGCACACAUGCACACACACACAUGCCUACACACACACACGCACCCACACACACACAUGCCUACGCACACACACACACACACACACGCAUGCGCACACACACACAUGCCUACGCACACACACACACACACGCAUGCACACAUGCACACACACACAUGCCUACACACACAAGUACACACACACGCACACUCACACACUCACGCAUACACACACACACACACACACACACACACACACACACACACACACACACACACACACCUGCUCUACCUCCAUCAAAGCCCCUACGAAGUUGGAACUACCAGACACUCCCCACUUCCCCUGUGACACUGAUCACAAGUUCUGCCAUUUUAAAUCUAUUCUAAUUUGAUAUUUCAGUCAAAAUAAAUUAACUUUGUGUUCAAUUCUUGAGCGAGACGUGACAGUUUAUUGCACAAUUCACCAUUUUUGUAUUACCCGAAGCUACUGAAUUGCGCAAUUGUCUUUUAAAACUGUACUUUAGAAUGUAUUUAUACUCUAGCUGUGGUGAAUAUUUUCCUGCUGGGGCAGCCUCUGUAACUGGGGAGGGGAUGACUUUCAGUAACUUUGUGCCUGACUGUGGGAGGCUUGUUAUAACUCGCAACUGACAAACUUCAAUAAAAGCAUAAUUUUCAACGGUU